UACAUGGAAAUGCGCAAGUUGACCCGCCGGAAAAGUUGACAGUUCUUAUGCUCUUUUCUUUCUGAGAGGAACAGAUAAACCAGUUUUGAAUUCUAGGCGAUGACGGAAGUGACAGGCCUGAAGCGUUUCGUUUCUAAGUUCAGUUGCUGUUAUGCAGACGAAGACGAUUCAGUUAUUGAAUAUGAACCAUAUGUGUACAUCCCAGCCAAUAGUUACACUUACUCCGAGGUAAAAAAAAUGACCAACAAGUUCAAUAGAGUUCAUGGCAAAGGAGGGUUUGGUGUAGUUUAUCAUGGAGUUUUAAAAAAGCAACAAGUAGCAGUAAAGAUGCUAAACCGAGCAUCCAUCUAUAACAUCAAACAGUUUACCGCAGAGGUUCAAGAUUUUGUAAAAGUUCGUCACAGAAACUUGGUGAGCCUCAUUGGUUUCUGCGAUGAUGGUGAGCACUUGGCCCUAAUCUACGAAUUCGUGACGAAUGGAGACUUGAAAGAUCAUCUAUCUGGGAAGUUUGGUAAUGUCCUUAGCUGGAAAAGCAGGUUGAAAAUCAUCAUCGGAGUAGCACAGGGUCUUGAGUAUUUGCAUAGCGAGUUGCGAAUCCUUCACCGAUAUGUCAAACCGACAAAUAUCCUGCUGGACAGUAACUUUGAAGCGAAAUUGGCUGAUUUCGGGCUGUCUAGAUCCUCCCCAACCAACCCUGACAUACAGGCGUCAAACAAGAUUUAUGUCAAGCCUGGAAGAGAUCCAUACUUGCAUGACCAGUACUUCAACUCAAAUCACUUAACCAAACAGAGCGACAUUUAUAGCUUUGGAAUUGUUUUGUUGGAGUUGAUAACCAAUCAGCCUGUGAUUGAUAACAACCGUGAAAGUCCUCACAUUUCCAAGUGGGUCGAUUUAAAGGUUGCAAAAGGCAGUACCAGAGAGAUAGUUGAUCCCAGGCUAAACAGUGACUUUGAGCCCAAGUCAGUGAGGAAAGCUAUGGAGAUAGCACUCGAUUGUUCAGCUCGUACUGGUAAGAGGCAAACCAUGAGCAAGGUUGUUACAGAUCUCAAUGAGUGUCUGGCCUUAGAGAUGUCUCGUACACAUGAGAGAACUGGGGAAAUAACACAAGAGAGUCAGUGAUCGAUGUGACCAUGGCCAUUAGGUCAACAAUCUCAACAUGGUUUUACUCAUUUAUCUCAGUUUCUUUAGUUGUAACCAUCCAUCAUCGACAUUGUGUUUUACAAACAUUGUGAUCGUACAUUGCAUUGUUCUCGCAUGGUUGCUGCAUUUUGUCCAUUUUACAGUUGGUAAUAAUCAGUAAUGUUUGAACAGCAAAAA